AUGCAGUUCAAGCUUUCUGUCGUUGCGGCCCUUGCCGCCGCCGCCUCCGCCGCCGUUACCCCCGCCCGUCUCGGCUGCGGUACUCAUGAUCCUACCCCUGAGCACAUUGAGAUCUCCAAGAAGCUUGCCGAGGAGGAGGCUGCCAACAAUGGCACCGUGAGCCUGAUGGCGGCGGCCACCAUCAACGUCAACGUCUACUUCCACGUUGUUGCUUCUUCCCAGACUGUGGCAAACGGCUACAUCACCGACAAGAUGCUGGCUGACCAGCUGGCCGUCAUGAACAGUGACUUUGCCCCCCACGGCAUCAGCUACACCCUGGUUGAGACCACCCGCACCAUCAACGCCAACUGGGCCCAGGAUGGUGACGAGAUGGCCAUGAAGCGCGCCCUCCGCAAGGGUACCUACAAGGACCUCAACCUCUACUUCGUCCGCACCCUCGGCGGCGACUUUGGGUACUGCUACUUCCCUACCACCGCCGCCGCCGGCUCCACCGCCUACAUCCGCGACGGCUGCACCAUUCUCUCCUCCACCGUGCCCGGCGGCAGCGAGACCAACUACAACCUCGGCAAGACCGUCACCCACGAGGUCGGCCACUGGUUCGGUCUCUACCACACCUUCCAGGGCGGCUGCACCGGCGAAGGUGACUCCAUCGCCGACACUCCCGCCCAGGCCAGCUUCUCCACCGGAUGCCCUACCGGCCGUGACUCCUGCCCUAGCCAGGCUGGUCUUGACCCCAUCCACAACUACAUGGACUACUCUUACGACUCGUGCUACGAGGAGUUCACUCCUAACCAGCAGACUCGCAUGUACAGCUUCUGGAACCAGUACCGCGCAUAG